AUGCUGAAUCAAGCUGCGGAGGCUGGGAAGUUUGGCUACCACCCGAACUGUAUAGGUGUCAAGCUUACUCAUUUGAGCUUUGCAGAUGAUAUCCUCGUCUUCUCCGAUGGCCAGGCUCGCUCUUUAGAUGGUAUAAUGGAGGUAAUGGAUCAAUUUGCGAGUGUAUCGGGUCUGUACAUCAAUGUUUCGAAGUCCACAGUCUUCGCAUCUGGUGACACCUCAGGCGCCCUUGGAGCUGCUGUUGUAGCUAAGGGGAUCAGCGUAGGGAUUCUGCCUAUAAUAUAUUUGGGAUUUCCCUUGACUACAAAGACACUUACAAAGCGUGAUUAUGAACCAUUAGUAGACAAGGUCCGCAGCAGGAUGCUCACCUGGUCCAACAAAAGUCUCUCUUUCGCUGGGAGGCUGCAGCUGAUCAAAUCAGUUAUUACAAGCAUAGUCAACUUCUGGAGCUCUGCUUUCAUCCUCCCUGUUUCUUGCUUGAAUGAGAUUGAGAGUCUCUAUAGCGCGUUUCUCUGGUCUGGUUCUCCACACCAGUCCCAUAAAGCAAAGGUUGCUUGGGCAGAACUCUGUUUUCCUAAGGAUGAAGGUGGUUUGGGUCUGCGUCGACUUAGAGAUUCUGCAACAGUCUUCUCCCUUCAGCUUAUUUGGCGUUUGUUUACAUUGGAAGGGUCACUGUGGGUUUCUUGGGUUCAACAUUAUUUGUUACGAGGUAGCUCUUUUUGGGAUGUCAAGGAGGACCAUAAAGGAUCUUGGAUACGGAGGAAGCUAUUAAAGCUGAGAGAUCUUGCUUAUCCCUUCAUGAAAACAAAAAUACUGAAUGGAAAUGAUGCGUUUUUCUGGUUUGAUAAUUGGCUUGGUCAAGGGAAAAUCAUUGACAUUACAGGAGAUGCAGGUACAAUACAAUAUGGAGUCCCUCGUAAUGCUCGGGUUUGUGAUGCAGUAAGAGAUGGACAGUGGCACAUUCGAGGGCAGCGUAGCAGGCACUUUCCAGCGCUUCUUGGUCUGAUCAGAGACGCACCGGUCCCUUGCGCUGAAAAUGGUCUGGAUCAAAUGUUAUGGCGGCAUUCAAGAAAUCAGUUCAAGGAUCAUUUUUCUGCAUCGGAAACCUGGCACCAACUUCGGGUUAAGCGCGGGACAGUACCUUGGAGCAAGGUUGUGUGGUUUGCUCAGGGGAUUCCGAGAUAUAGUUUAAUCACUUGGCUGGCGAUAAAAAAUAGGCUCUCUACUGGUGACAGGAUGCGCAGCUGGGGUAUGCAGCAACAUUGCACUUUAUGUGGGGAAAUAGAUGAAACUAGGGACCAUCUUUUCUUUGCUUGCACAUUUAGCUACACUGUAUUGGAUAACAUUGCUGGUCGUUUGCUUGGUCAGAGAAUGGAUCCUGAAUGGUCUGAUACAUUGCUAGCUAUACAGCAUGCUCGUUUCUCCCCUCUAUUUCAGAUAUUGGUUCGAAUGGUAUUCCAGAUGACAAUCUAUAAUGUUUGGAAGGAGCGCAAUGGGAGAAGGCAUCAGAAGCUAUGGUCAACUGCAGCUCAGAUCACUCGCCUCAUUGAUAAGACAGUGCGAAAUCGAAUUACCUCUCUUAAAUAUGGACCGUCACACAAGUAUGCAGGGCUCAUGCAAAGAUGGUUUACAGUAGUUCCUUAG